UGCAUUAGAGAGUAGAGAGUUGUUCACAUAGAUAACUGAAGCUUGUGUGCAUAUCUUCAAAUUACAAGGAGAAACAUUUGCAGUAGAGGAAACAUGAAAACCUUGGCUUGUAGUAUUCUAAUGGAGGUGAUGCUCAGGAGGUGAAGCUCAGAGAUAUUUAGCUCUCUCUGUCUUCAUUAUAUAGGAGAUUAUGUUGGUGAUUCCAUUUCUUGCUACAGAUUAGUUUGGGGGCCAUCAGGAAGCUUGCCUGAAGAUCAAGUCAAUCCUGUCCGUGCUUGCCUUCACUGUAUGCAUAGAUCCACUCUUGACAACAGUCUGUCUGCUAAUUCAUCAAUGAUUCUACUAAUUAUGUCAAGUAGGACUGAUCCUUGGUGAAUGCCCCUAUUCUUAUUAAAUAAAUAAAGGAAGAAAGGAAGAGCUCCCAGUAUCUGGCCAGCUAUGAUUUAGCCCUUGGUAAAGAGUUAGUACAAGUUGAGAUGGUGCCAAGCUCUUCCUGUGAUUCAUCUCUUCUCUUGUCAAGACCAGUUGAGGCAACGCAGUCAGAAACCUCCCUGCUUUGUGAAGGGGUACUUUAUGUCAGAAGGGGAAGCGUAAGCACAAGAAUAAUUAGGCACUCUGAGUAGAGAGAAUUCGUUCUUCUUGAUUAGUGAACAGUUCCUGCAAGUUAAGGUCAAAAGUAUUGUGAAUUAAUUCAGUGUGCCCAGCUUCUUCAGCAUUUCCAAUGACUUUUUCUCUCUUUGAAGGUCAUUUAACCAAUUGGACCGGUUAUUUUCUUAAAAUCUUAUUGCAGAGCUGAUGGCAUGCUGAGAGUUUAAGGCCGGAUAUGAUGGAUGCAUCACAUCGAGAUGCAGAUCUGGAACUGGGCCUGAUCUUGAGGUGUCAAGUGGAAAUCCAUGUGCUGUGUUGUGGGACCUAGUUUCUGGAAGUUGAUCCAGUAUUAUUUGGCCUGUGAAGUUCUAAGUGUCAGGUCCUACAGGUAUGGAUCUCUGGCAGCUGCUGUUGACCUUGGCAGUGGCAGGCUCAGGCAAUGCUGUUUCUGGGAGUGAAGGUACUCAGAAACCAUCUAAUAAUUCAUUCCAGAAUGUUGCAGGAGACUGAGAUUAAAGCCACACCAGCUAUCCUUGGCAGACCAUCCCAGAGUCUGCAAAGAGUUAAUCCAGGCCCAGGGACAAAUUCUUCUGGGAAGCCUAAGUUCACCAAGUGCCGUUCACCUGAACUAGAGACUUUUUCAUGCCACUGGACAGAUGGGGUUCGUCACGGUUUGAAGAACCCAGGAUCAGUACAGCUGUUCUAUAUUAGAAGGAGCACUCAAGAAUGGACUCAAGAAUGGAAAGAAUGCCCUGAUUAUGUCUCUGCUGGAGAAAACAGCUGUUACUUUAAUUCAUCUUAUACCUCCAUUUGGAUACCCUACUGUAUCAAGCUAACCAGCAAUGGUGGUACGGUGGAUCAAAAGUGUUUCUCUGUUGAGGAAAUAGUGCAACCAGAUCCACCCAUCGGCCUCAACUGGACUUUACUGAACAUCAGUUUAACGGGCAUUCAUGCCGAUAUCCAAGUGAGAUGGGAACCACCACCCAAUGCAGAUGUUCAGAAGGGAUGGAUAGUCCUGGAGUAUGAACUGCAAUACAAAGAAGUAAAUGAGUCCCAGUGGAAAAUGAUGGACCCUGUAUUGUCAACAUCAGUUCCAGUGUACUCGUUGAGACUGGAUAAAGAAUAUGAAGUGCGUGUGAGAUCCAGACAACGAAAUUCUGAAAAAUAUGGCGAGUUCAGUGAGGUGCUCUAUGUGGCACUUCCUCAAAUGAGCCCAUUUGCAUGUGAAGAAGAUUUCCAGUUUCCAUGGUUCCUAAUUAUUAUCUUUGGAAUAUUUGGGCUAACGAUGAUAUUAUUUUUAUUCAUAUUUUCUAAACAGCAAAGGAUUAAGAUGCUGAUUCUUCCCCCAGUUCCAGUUCCAAAGAUUAAAGGAAUUGAUCCAGAUCUCCUCAAGGAAGGAAAAUUAGAAGAGGUGAACACAAUCUUAGCCAUUCAUGACAACUAUAAACCUGAAUUCUACAACGAUGACUCUUGGGUUGAAUUCAUUGAAUUGGAUAUUGAUGACGCAGAUGAAAAGACUGAAGGAUCAGACACAGACAGACUUCUCAGCAACGACCAUGAGAAAUCACUUAACAUCCUUGGGGCAAAGGAUGAUGACUCUGGACGUACCAGCUGUUAUGAGCCUGACAUUCUGGAGACUGAUUUCAAUGCCAGUGAUGUGUGUGAUGGUACGUCAGAGGUUCCUCAGCCACAGAGGUUAAAAGGGGAAGUAGAUCUCUUGUGCCUUGACCAGAAGAAUCAAAAUAACUUACCUUCCACUGAUACUGCCCCUACCACUCAGCAGCCCAGUGUUAUCCUGGCAAAGGAAAACAAACCAAGACCACUUGUGAUUAGUGGAACUGAGUCAACUCAUCAAGCUGCCCAUCCUCAGCUGAGCAACCCGAGUUCACUGGCAAACAUCGACUUUUAUGCCCAGGUAAGCGACAUCACUCCAGCCGGGAGUGUGGUCCUUUCCCCAGGCCAAAAGAAUAAGGCAGGGAUAUCCCCGUGUGACAGGCCUCCGGAAGUGGUCUCACUCUGCCAAGCAAACUUCAUCAUGGACAGCGCCUACUUCUGCGAGGCCGAUGCCAAAAAGUGCAUCACUGUGGCCCCUCACGCCGAGGUUGAAUCGCGUGUAGAGCCAAGCUUUAACCAGGAAGACAUGUACAUCACCACAGAAAGCCUUACCACUACCGCUGGCCGGUCUGGGACCGCAGAGCGGGCUCCGAGCUCGGGGAUCCCCGUCCCGGACUACACCUCCAUUCACAUCGUUCAGUCUCCACGGGGCCUCGUGCUCAAUGCGACUGCCUUGCCCUUGCCCGACAAAGAGUUUCUCUCAUCAUGUGGCUACGUGAGCACAGACCAACUGAACAAAAUCAUGCCGUAGCCUUGCUUGGAUUUCCCACAAGCUACGUAUUUAAUGGUGAAGAGUUGGCUAGGGCCUGAGUGCUUAAACCAAAACGAUGUUUAAACCUUUCUGGGGGCGAUGAGGGGGUGGAUUCUAAAUGCCUUUUCCUGAAUUGUUGAAACAGAAUAUUAAAAAAAAAAAAAAAGAAGAAGGAGGCCUAAGCAGAUAGAUAUUCCUAUUGUGAAUUGUAAAUAUUUUAAAGAAUUGUCUCAAAGACUGUUUAGUGGCACUGAUUGUCUUGUUAAUGUGGGUGUUAAUUUUGUGAUACUAAGCAUUGAAUGGCUGUUUUUAAUGUAUAGUAAAUCAUGCUUUUUGAAAAAGCGAAAAAUCAGGUGGCUUUUGCAGUUCAGGAAAAUGGAAUGCAAAUCAGAGCACAGGCUAUUUUUUUUUUUUAAAUAAUUGGGAACUAAAAUUAUAGGUAGGAAGGCAAAAAAUAGUUUGGAUAUGUAAAACAUUUAUUUUGACAUAAAAUUUAUAAAGAUAUUUUUAAUAAUUUACACUUCAAGCACGGCUAUUUUGUAUCACACUACACGCUGUGUACUGUAGUUCAUGCAGACCCGUCUAAAGAAUGUAGCGACUACAGUCUAAAGCUGGUUUGCUGCUUGGUCAGUAUACCUAAAGAAAAACAAAUAAGCAGGUUAGUUUUUUACCAGGCCCUUUUUAUACCUCCCCAAACUCCUUAAACAGUUCUAAAAUGAUUGUAGUUACCUGCAUUACUGGAACACGCUCAUCUUAUUUAAAAUUUUUUUUUCAAAUAUUUGUUAAUUGAAAAAAACUUUCAGAUGGAUGCACAGGUCAACUUGUCGUGAACCGAAACAGUCAGACAAAAAACUCUUUCUUACCUGAAUUUUGGUUCAUGUCAGAGAGCUCCACAGUAGGAGAGGUGGAAAGGAUAGCCAGGCCCGGUGGGCAGGCUGCUUGGGUGCUCCUGUUGUAUGGGGAGGGAGUUUUUAGUGCGGACAUGAUGAUCAUGAGAGGUAGACCCCAGAAGCUCUGCAGUAGCAUCUCUUCAGACAUGACUUGAUUUUAUUACAUGGUUACCGAAGAAGGGAAUAAAGUACAAGAAGCAUUUUGUAAGUUGAAGUAGGUCGAAGCGAAGUUCAACCAGAUCAUGGAAUGAAAAGUUCAAGAAAUAGGUUUUUGUUUCCCAGCCGAUAGCCAGACAUAUACCCACUCGUCCUGGUAACAAGAAACAGAAGGAACAAGAUUUUAAAUCCCCACAGAGAAGUCAAAAUUUUCUAAACCCAUAGCGGAAACUUUCUUCCUCACCAAACCCUUUCUCGGGUUUAUUUAAAGUAGCAAACGAAGAAGUCUCCUCAUUUUUUAUUUCCCCUCUGAGUGGCUUGGCCUCAAAGCGGGUAGUCAGAAGGAAGAGAAGGGGCCUGAAAUGAUGUAUAAAUUAUUGUUCAAUCCCUUAGUAACCUCAGCACCAUUCUUAGGAGCGUUGGGAUUGCUCCCCAAAAGGUUUGUCAAAGGAGAAGAAUCUCAUCUCACUGAAGAAUGCUUCUCACUUUAAGUAUUUUUUUUUUUUUACAUUUAAUGAAACUUUAAAGUUAGCUGUAACUUAAAUAGUAUUUGCCAUUUAGCUCAGACCUUUUUAGGAAACAGGCUUAAUGGUUGGUAAUUUUAAAUUCCCUCUUUCUUGCAGGAAGGACAGUGAAAAGCUAGAACUGGGUGUUCCAAGUUCAACAUGUUACUUUGUAAUAAGUGUUUAAUAGGUUUUCUGCUACCUUGCUGCUAUGGUUUUCUCUAAGAGCUACAUAAUUUAGUUUCAUAUGCAAUUUCAUCAAUGUAGAACCUAAUUCAACUUAAAACUGUGUGCUUGGGAAAACUAUCUUACUAUUUCACAAUAGGCUGACAACAAUUUCUAUAGCCAAAAAUAGCUAAAUACCUCAAUCAGUCUCAGAAUGUCAUUUUGGUACUUUGCUGGCCACACAAGCCAUUAUUCACUAGUAUGACUAGUUGUGUCCUGCAGUUUAUAUUUAACUUUCCUUAUGUCUGUGGAUUUUUUUCCUUAAAAGUUUAAUAAAUUUAUUUUCUUGGA